AUGCCGCGUGAGUGAAAAUAUAUGCAAAUUAAAAAAAAAAUGAUAUUUGAGAAUUUCACCAGCUUCAAGCCAUUUAAAAAUGGUGUUUUCGCAGCAUACAAACCAAACAAAUUUAAGACAAUGCUGCGGCUGAUUAAGAAGAGAGGCGACGAUCGUCGUCGUCAAAAAGUUUCAGCAAAUUGCUCUUGGUUUGUGGCGAUUGAGAAGCGUGCUGUUUUAACGGAAGUUAGGAGUUUCGGUGAUCCUCAUUUGGAUAAAGCAAGAUGUUUGCCGAUCAUCAAAAAGCUUCUAUAUCUUCUCAAUCAGGGUGAAACAUUCACGAAGACUGAAGCUGCAGCAGUACUUUCUUCUGUUAUAAAGUUAUAUCGAUUUCAAGAUAUUCAUUUGAGAAGAAUGUUCUAUCUAAUAGCAAAGGAGCUCUGCCCUGUUGCAGAUGAGGUUGAAUUGGUCACUAGCUCCAUACUCAAAGACACCAACAGCCGCACUGUUAUUUAUCGAGCAAAUGCUAUCCGUUUACUUUGUCGGAUCACUAUUGGCACAUCUUCAACUACAACCCAAAUUGAGAAAUGCCUCAGCGAUGCUUUUGGGGACAAAAAUCAUAUUGUUCAAAGUGCUGCCCUUGUGUGUGCUAUUAAUCUGAUAAAGAGAUAUCCAAUGAUGCGCUACAGAAUCAUGAUCAUAAACCUUGAAAAAGUGCUUCGUACUCCAGCGUUUGUGGAGUACCAUAGCUUUUAUCUAACUUUUAUGUUGCGGAUAGCAAAGGGCAAUGUGUUGGAAGGUGAAACGUUGGUUAGCAUUUAUACAGAGUCGAUUAACGAUAUUGGAUUUGCUCGUUAUUUUUCUUCUCCUCUGAGUCCAUGCUUCCUGGCUCGCCUCAUUAGACAGAUUUCCCGAGCUAGGCAUGUCAGUGUGGUGCAUCAUCCAAGUUACUUUGAAUUCCUCAAGUCUUGUAUCUAUCAUGAAGAUGAAAGGGUUGCAAUAGAAGGAUUUCGGUCACUGCAAGAGUUGAGAGACAUCAGUUUUAGCGAGAUUAAACCUGCACUGUAUGUUAUACAGCAAUUUUGUUGUGUUUCUCCCAAGCCUGUGCUAAGGUUUGGUGCUUUCAGGGCAUUGCAAAAGGUGUGUGCGGCGCAGAGACAUGCAUGGGCAAUUCCUAGAGAUUAUAUUACAAUUUGUCGCGACGAGAAUGCAAUCAAGUUAUAUCAUGCGUCGGAUCAUCGUGAGAACGAGGCUGGAGCUGAAGUGACUCAAGUGGUUAAAUCUCAAUCCUGUUAUGCAAUGAAGGAAGCUUCUAUUCAUAACCUUAGGAGGAGACAAGGGCGAUUGCAGUAGAUUGGGAAUCAUCAUCUGCAGAAUCUGUAAUUGAUUAGUAUAUCAUGCAUUAAAUCAAAUAGUCUAAACUUAAUUAGAAGAUUAUUAGCCAUGCAUGUGUGAAUCAUGAUGAUUUUUGACAUCCAAAUUAACUAUUCAUUCAUAACUAUAUUAAAUGACCUCAA